GUAGUUGCUUGGUAGUCGGUUGUUGUGUGCGAGUUAAACGUCAAUAAUAAAUAAAAUAAUAUGACAUUUCGUAUUCAGCACUUCAGCUUUAACGAAAUAAUGAGUUAAAUCUUUGAAAUACCCAAGCCGAAAGUCGGUUCCGCAGUGCCUGUUGACAUAUUUAAUAAUAUUGACGAGCGGACGAUGAUAUAAUAUAAUUUUUAUUAUUGCCUAGUCAAUUUAAAUUUUUAAUUAUUAGGAUAUGGGUGCGUUAAAAUCAAAUUUACAAUCAGCAAUCAUUUGAUUACGGGUUCAAAUUUUUCCAAUCGAUAUUAAAUGAAGUAUUUAGUUAUUUAAUUAUUACCUGAUUCUAGGACAAUCGACGGUGCACCACCUUUGAUUAAUGUCCGUCACAAUAUGUUUAAUUUGAUGGCAUAAAAUAUAUCGAAAAACAACCAUGAUAUCAGAAAUUAAUGCAGCUAUUGAACAAAAUGAUUUCCAACGAGUAAAAGUCUUAGUUGAAGCUAUCAUCGAACAACAUACAAAUACAUUUAAUUUUGACACCUAUCAUGCUGACAAUACUUUCAAACGGUUAUGGGACUCUAUGUUCCUAUGUUUGGCGGCGGACAGUUACAAAUGUAUUCACAAACAAUGUUUAACAUGCAUUCGGCUUCUGAGCCGAGACAAAGCACGUUUAAAAGAAAUUUUAAUUGAACAACACGUAAACAUUCUACUUCAGUGUGCUAAUCUUGUUGAAGACACAUUAUGCAUAGUAAUCACAACUGAGAAUACAGAUGUUAUUGUAGAAGGCCUGAAAUGCCUGUGUAAUAUAGUUUAUAAUUGUGACACUGCACAAGAAGUAUGCUGUUCAAAUAAAACUGUUGAUUGCAUUGUGCUCAGACUAAGAACAUAUUUUGAACAGAAUAUUCCAUAUGCCAUAAAAUAUUUUGACAUUAAACUUUUAUUUCUUUUAACAGCAUUUAACAAGGAUAUAAGAUUAAAAAUCACAGAAGAGUUACAUGGUCUCACAUACCUAACAGAAGUCUUAGACAAUAUAUUACGCGACACUAUUGAAGAUGCAUCCAAAAACAAUUCAUCUAGCUUACAGGAAGAUAAUGUGUUACUCAGCUGUGAAAUACUGAAAACUUUAUUCAACUUGACCGUUAUCCCAAUCAAUGAGCCAUCUGAGGAAGAUGAUUAUUCAAUUUGGAUUAGAUUGAUUUCUAUAUUACGUGAUCUACUUGUCACCUCAACUUUUGUCCCAUUAUUUCAAGAUAACAUCAUUUGCAAUGUUGUCAACUUGUUGACAAAUGUACCACCACCUUGUUUGGAUCAAUUGCUGGUUAAAAGUCAUUGGUGUGAUGUUGAUGCUUUAAAAGUGAUGGUGAAUUUUCUUGACACCCGAUUGUGUAGUACUGAGAAUCCAUUAUAUGAACAUAUAUCACCAGCAUUGAUGGUAUUAUUAAAAGGAUCAAGAUCUAUUGCGAAAUUCCGUUGUGAGGUUCGACAACAAAUUUUACCUCCAUUGAAAGAUGUUAUAAAUCGACCUGAACAGGGAAAUACAUUGCGUAAUAAACUGUGUCGUUUGCUCACUACUCCCAAUGUGAGUCUUCGCGACUUGGUUGCUGAACUGUUAUUUGUCUUAUGUAAAGAAAAUGUUGGUCGUAUGAUCAAGUAUACAGGAUUUGGUAAUGCAGCUGGUUUAUUCGCAAAUCGAGGAUUACUUUGUAAAACAUCAAAUCCCGAUUACUCGUCAGAUAGUGAAGAUAGUGAUACAGAAGAAUAUCUAACAUACAAAGACCAGAUAAAUCCAGUUCUUGGUUGUUAUGAACCACCAAAACCUAAUCCAUUUGAGUGCAUGUCUGUUGAACAACAAGAACACGAAGUAAUGCAGUUGGUUUCUAAAAUGGAUAAACUCACUAGGGAAGGAGUGAUACAGCCGUGUAAAAUUGGUGAUGAUGGACGACCAAAACCUAUUGAACAUGUUCUUCAACUUCAAGAAGAAUUAAUGAAUCAUUUUACUAACAUUAAAAAUAAAGAUGGACCAGAUGAUGAGAGUGAUUAAGUUGUUAAUUUAUUUAUUUAGUCAUUAAUUUAUUUUUAUUUAUUAUUAACAAAUUUGUAGUCAAACUUUAUACUCAUAGUAGGUAUUCAUUAGCUUUUAGGUACCUGUAUAUAAUACUAACUAAAAGGUAUAAUUCAUGUGUUCAUUUCUGAUGUCUUCAGAUUUAAAAUUAGUAAUUUUAAUUUGCCAUCUAGUAAAUUUGAUUAUGCACAUACUAUUCAUAAAUUUAAUUUAAUCUUGCAAUUUUUGUUACACAUUAUUUUUAAUAUAUAUUAUAUUUUCAGAAGGUGAUUUUUAAUGUAAAACACUCAUUGUUUUGAUCAAAUUAAAGAAAAAUAAAUUCACCUAA